CACACACACUACCUUGCACAUCACACACACACACAGUACGGUAUCAGUUGAGUGAAGCUGGUGAGUGAAAGGCGGUGUGUCCACUUCUCUGGUCAAUGCUCUACCCCAGUGUGUCCAAGGAGACAUUCAUAAGCUCGGCUACAUUAGGGGUCGUGUUUAUAACCGCUUAUUACGUCGGUAAACACCGGAGCAGAAGGGUCAAUAUGAGUAACUUCAAGAGCCACGUGGCAGGAAAAGAUGACCCUGUGAUGCAGUACGUCCUCAACCACUCACUGAGGGAACACCCAGCGCUGAAGAAGCUCCGACUCAAAACCAUGGAGCACAAGUGGAACCCCAUGAUGGUGGCGUGUGAACAGUCUCAGUUCAUGGCAAACCUGGCCAGACUCAUCAAAGCCAAGAAGGCCAUCGAGAUCGGUGUGUAUACGGGCUACAACACUCUGAGCAUUGCGCUGGCGUUACCUGACGAUGGUAAGGUGGUGGCGUGUGACGUGAGCGAAGAAUACGCCAACAUCGGCAAGCCCUUCUGGAAAGAGGCCGCUGUCGAACACAGAAUAGACCUGCGCCUGCAGCCGGCGCUCAAAACCCUGGAUGACCUUCUAGCAGCAGGAGAGGCAGAGACUUUUGACUUUGUGUUUAUCGAUGCUGAUAAGCAGAAUUAUGACAAUUAUUAUGAGAAGUCGCUGCAGCUGGUGAGGAAAGGAGGAAUCAUCGCCAUCGACAACGUGCUGUGGAGCGGGAAGGUGUUGAGUCCUGCAGAAGAUGAUCUGGACACACAGAGCAUCGCAGCACUGAAUAAGAAGCUGCACAGGGACGUGAGAGUGAGCCUGAGCAUGCUGACCGUAGGGGACGGACUCUCGCUCGCGUUUAAAUUAUAACACAAGGUCAGCAGGUCAUCAGCAAAGGAGCACACCUUCAAUGCCUUACACACCGUGCCAAGCCCUGACCACCAGUUCUAUACCCUGCCACGCCCCUGACCACCAGUUCUACACCCUGCCACGCCCCUGACCACCAGUUCUACACCCUGCCACGCCCCUGACCACCAGUUCUACACCCUGCCACGCCCCUGACCACCAGUUCUACACCCUGCCACGCCCCUGACCACCAGUUCUACACCCUGCCACGCCCCUGACCACCAGUUCUACACCCUGCCACGCCCCUGACCACCAGUUCUACACCCUGCCACGGCCCUGACCACCAGUUCUACACCCUGCCACGCCCCUGACUAAUGCUGAAUUCCAUUAAGUUGAUUUAAAGAACUUAUUUUCCUGUGAUGUCACUUUUGAAACUGUAUAUCAGUGUACCUCAGAGUGACUCAGAUACUGAUAGGAAGUGAACUGAAAGGAAGAAAUUAGAGAGAAAUUACAGAAUAAGAAGUAAACAGCGUAGAGCUACCAGGUUAGCGUUGUGUAACUCACACCUCCACAUAUAGACAGGUCUGUCCACGUGUACAUGGAGCUGUUGUGUGUCAUAUGUACACAAUAAACAAUUUAUAAAUCA